GCACCCUUAGUGUCGAAACAUUGCACGUGCGGACAACCGAAUACCAGUUGAGGACUAACCACAAUGUCCGUUGUUUUUGUAUCAGAGCCCUGUACGACAUCGUCUGAUAGGAAGAUAAAUCGCUAGUGUUGAGAUACGGGAUGCAGUUCGCUACAGUACAGCUCUCCGAGUUGCGAGACAUAUAGUUUUACUCAGUCAAGCGCCACGCUCUGGUACUGAAAUGCGCUGACUGACGUGCAUUGGCGCGUUUCUAGUGUGUGGCUGCCCCUGCAGUGCCUCUUCUGGGUUAAUGAAUGUCAGAUUCGUCAGUCCCUCUCGUGCAUGGCCAGUGGGGGUACUCGCAUGUAGCCAAACAUCGGUCAGGAAGACCGUCGAAGCGAGGAGAUUUCAGCAUUUCGACAUUUAAACUAGAGCUUAAAAUAAGGAACAGAGUGUCGUCUGCUGAGUAUGUGAUAAAUGACAUGCAUAUGCACGUGCAUGUCCGUUGAUGUGUAGUGUCCGGUCACACAGAACAGAAUUCCAAAGGAAUUAGCAGUUACUUAGCAGUAACAAACAUGGCAGCCCCAUACAUGUGGGAAAAACGACUACUUUAUUCCUCGACGGGCGGGACACUUUUCGGCGUAUUACUGCAUAUUAUCGCAGUCUCUACGACUCACUGGCUUACUUUUGAGAUACCAGGCGGGUUGUACAUAAAUGCUACAGGAAGGUUCCUAAGCGAAGUUCAAAGUGGCCUUUGGCGAUCGUGUAAAACGGAAUUUACUAUAACAAAGGACUCAAACAACCAGAACAUCAAACACACAUUUGAGACCUGUGCCAAACACAAUUUGUUUCCUACUGACAAUGAGCUUCACCGGGACAAAUCGACAGACUUCCAGUUUCUCGAUUACAUGAGGACAGGAUCAGCGUUCGGGAUUAUCGCCCUUCUCGUUAUGGUAUUAGGACAUAUAUUUGCAAUAUACACCUUGAGGAGGCCGCGCUAUAUCCUGAAGCGGUUGACAGCUCUUAUGCAUCUAAUGACAGCUGCUUGUGUGUUAGUGGAGAACGAAGUCUUUAUCAGACGUGUAGAAUACGCCGACGCUCACCUACCGGAACGAAUUCCACACAAGGCGAACCACACAUACGGGUACUCAUUUGUGUUGUCAUGGAUAUGCUUCGUAUUCUUCGUCAUUGCUGGUAUUGUCUUCUUGCUGACGUCACACAAAAGGAAAGCAGAAAUGGCAGAUGUAGAUGAUACGGGGGCGGAGGAAGAUGAACCAGUGGCGAUUCGUCGGUAACACCAGUGUUUCAUCAAUAAAAAAUCAAAACUACACACGAUUUUAUACAAAAAUAUAAAAUGCGUCACAGCAGGGUCGACUCUUGCACUUUCACAUACAAUAUGUGUAUUUGGAGGCUGAAUCACAACUGAAAAUAUAUUUUUUUUGUCCGAAAUGAUGUAGGAAAUAUUUGUUUCAAUGUGACGAAAGCGUGUGUGGAAACCAUGACAAUCAAAAUCAAGACGCCAUGUGAGAUUGUUCGGAAUAUCUCGCCCAUGUGAUAUUUGACACUGUUCGAUACAUUCGGAUCAUCUCGGCUUAUUGCUGUUUUUCAUAUAACCGUUUGUAUCUGGGCUGAGACAUUCCGAGUGUGGUCAAUGGAGACCUUACGCGGAGACCCUCCGAUUUACCAUCGGUUUGCAGCAUGUCUACUAAGUUUUUACUUCCCACAGCAGUUGGUCUGUGUCCUGUGCGAAACGUUUCAAAUUGUAUAUUGGUUCUGUCCUUGAAAUGUCACAUUUUGUAUAGGGCGCCAUUCGUUUGUAGGAUCACCUAUAUGAAUCUGUACAUGUACCAUAACAAUACAAUUUUAAAAAGAUAACUGUUAUUGAUCGUUUUACAAACUGUGGUACAAUCUGCGUGGUCAGUAUCAUCAGCCAAGUUCGAUAUUUUAGAAAACAAAAUUGUCAUGGUUUGCCAUCAAGAGAACUGGUACCCCGGACAAUAUCUGUCACCAUGAAACUCGGUACUUCGGAAAAUAUUUAUCAGCAAGAAACCCGUUAAUCUGGGCAAUAUUUGUCAUCUUAGACUUGAUACUCCGGAAAAAGCAUGUCACCGAAAAACUCGGUACUCCGGAAACUACCAAGAAACUCGGUACUCCGGAAAAAUAGUUAUCAGCAAGAAACCCGUUAAUCUGGGCAAUAUUUGUCAUCUUAGACUUGAUACUCCGGAAAAAGCAUGUCAUUGAGAAACUCGGUACUCCGGAAAAUAUCAAGAAACCCGGUACUCCAGACAGUAUUAGUCAUAUUAGACUUAGUAAUCCGGAGAAUAUAUGUCACCAAGAAAUCCAGUAAUCCGGACUCUACUACUUGUUACCGUGAAGAUUAGUUGUCAACGAAAACAUAAUAAUUGUACACCGGAUAGAAAUCUUAACCGUAAACUCGGUACUCCGUAGAACGAUGAGAAACACGCUUAAAAUUGGUACUCUAGAGAGUGAUUCUACACUUAUGCUUGUAAAUUGCUUACAUGUAAAGUCAAGAAUUAUUAGACACAUCGAAUAAUAUAUUUGUAUAUUUAAAUAAGAUUAAAUUAGAAAUCGCUUCCAACGUCUAAAUGAAUACUCGUUGAAUUUGUCUUAUAACUUGAUACUUGCGUUAAUUAAGAUAACUGGGUAUUAAGAUAAUUAGUUAGAUAAAGCGAGUCCUACCAGAAGCGAUAAAUAUUAGCUGUUACAGAGAAAACAGCUUUUGUUAUUAAACAAGGAACCAAGAUAACUGUUUUACACCUGCUCAAAGUGUUCAAUUAAUAACUUUCCUGUUAUAUAUCUGUGUUAUGCGAUUUUAUUUUCAGUUUUGUCCACUUUUGAUUGAGAACUUUUCUUAUUUCUGUCCAUGACAUAUUUACAGAAAUUAUUUGAAACGUAUCGUCUCGUCUCGUCUUCAAUUCGGGCCGAAGACUUCCGAAAACAAGUCCUUCGAUGUCGCCGGUUCGAAUGAGAUUCAUCAUAAAACACUCUUUCAUUACAUCAUUAAACUUUGGAAUUUAAAUGGUAAGAAGGAGUUGAUGAAAUAAAAACAUUUUUUGAUAAAAUAUAUUACGGGAGAAAUAUUUUUAUCGUCAUAAUAGUGUUUGUUCGUUUUCCAUCUCCAUAUUUUUGCCACAUAAUUAUCUCGAUCAGUCCCCUGCCUUGUCCCAAUUUUUUUUUCUAUUCGUAUGUUUCAUGGUAUAUGGAUGCGAAGGACUAUUCGCUCUAAUUACAUCCUUUAUUUUGAUCGACCCUUGUAAUUCUUGAUGUCCAUUUCAACACGGCAUUUUCUUUCUUUAUUUGCCCACAUUAACAAACGACCAUACGAUCUAUGAUUGGUUAUGUGAAUUUUUCAUUGACUGCCCAUUCCAAGUUACUGAUGAUUUUACCUGUGUAUGUUUGUGCCAGAUAGCUGUCUUUCUCCGUAUUAUCCAUUUUCGUUAUGUUUAUCACAGUGUACUAAAUUUAAAUAUAAUCUAGCGGAACCGGAAGUGCGCGUAAAUAUGACGUCAAUCAAACCAUGUCAAUCGACAAAAAUAUCUUAAAAUGGAAUUUAAAUCUAAUGGAAUUUAUGACACGAGUUUCCUUUUUACGUUUGGAUGGCUGUACAAUUUAUAUUUUAUUACCGUUUGCUUUUAAAUAGAUCAGAAGCCGAAAUCUUGAUAAACCGCCUUUCAAGCUUACAACAUUAAUUACCUGUAAAUCAAGAUAGCGUUUACACUUUCGUCGUAUAUGCAAUUUUCUUUCUAUCCAUGUACAUUUCUAUUCAAAUAUUGUGUGGACUCUCACUCGAUUUACAGGUAAACAUACAUGUAGACCUAACGCGGAGUAUUUUUUCUGUUGAAUACACUUUUGAAUGUCUGCAAUAAACUUUGUUGUGCUUUAUGCAUUUUUGUAAAUAGUUUUGUGACAUUAAUCACCUUGUUUAAAAUUCAAAAUGUGUAAACGAUUUUACAACAAACAAGAAUUUUUUAACUCGUUUGUUGCUACUUUUAUUACUUAUUUUACAAAUUGUCUUUGCUGUUAUGAUAAUUAAAGAUGGUACACAUUCGGUAUACUUGAUACAAGCGCUUCAAAUUACACAUUCAUUUACGAGUGAAAGUGUUACUAUUUUUAAACAUGGGUUUUGCUUUCAUGUAUAUAUACCUCUUUAAAUUUAUGUACACGUUUUCACACUGUGAGUUCAAUUGUUGCUUCUGUGUGUAACAAUAAUUUGCAUUCAAUGUUUGAUUAAUGCACGCGUCUUCCAUUUGUAAUACUAUACAGAACGUUCAGGUGCAUGCAAAGAAAACGACGGACAGAAAUACCUUAUCCAUCUCUUCAUGUCAAUUCAUCUGCUUGUACAAAUAUAUAUAUCAGUCACAUGACUUUAUGUGUCAAAACAUGUAUCUACAUGUCAACACUCGUAUGGAUACACGUGUCGAUUCACGUGUCUCCCCUUGUCAGUGCACGUGACUUCACCUGUCAACACACGUCUGUACGUGUAAACACAUGGGUCUUGAACUGUAUGUACGUAGCAGUUCACCUGCCUCUACAUGCCAGAACACGCGCCUCUAUAUAUAUAUACGUUAUAUGUCAACACAUGUGUCUAUAUAUGUGUAACUUCACGUGUCUCGUCAAGGCAUUUUCAGUGCGAAUUGUUUGAAAUGCACUUGACAAUUCGUGAAAUCAAACUAAUGUAUGUUAUUUCCACAUGCGACUUCUUCCUUCGAAAUUAAUUUUGCGUGUUAAUAUUGAUCUUUACUAACGAUUAUUUUAUAUUUUGCAAUAAAAAUCUGAUCCCUCA